AUGACGUCAUACAUGAUCUAUGCUGCAUAUCUAGAUGCCUGUUUGGGUGACCCGUGUGGCAUCCUGGCCACCUGUACGGAUAACCCCCCUCCUGCCCUGAAUGCGACAUGUACCUGCAACACCGGGUAUGCAGGGGACGGGCUCGUCAGUAGCAUUGGAUGUACAGGCUGUCCUUCUGGCUACACUGCACAUAAGGAUUCGUGCUUCAAGGCGUACAACCAAGGCAAAACCUACAACCAGGCCAGGCAUGUGUGUGCAGCGGACAGGGGACUUCUAGCCAUGCCGAAGGACGAAGACGCGGACGACUUCUUGAACGCAUUGAACCCCAACUCCCCUUUCUGGUUCGGCAUGAGCGAUCAGAGCGGCGAGGGAGGGUGGAUGUGGGAAGAUGGGACUCCAUACAGCACAGUCGCGGACUGGCCGAAUGGAGGGUGGCAGCCGGGGGAACCCAACAAUGUAGGGGAAGGAAAAGUCUGUGCCAGCCACUUCCGUACCGGCUGGAACGACGCACCCUGCUCGACUGCACGCAACUUCAUAUGCCAGCUAAAUAAUGCAUUCCACUGUCCCCUGGGGUACCUCCAGUGCGCACACGGACAUGCCUGCAUCCUGGCGUGGCAGCGGUGUGAUGGGCGGACGGACUGUACGGACGGGAGUGACGAGGAAGGUUGUGUAUGCCUGCCAAUUCCUGUGGAUCUGAACCUAGACAGCAGACUUGCGAUGCUGCCGAAUCAGCUGGGCCAGACGACGUUUGAGGAGAUACAGAAUUCCUCUGCCGUGGAGCUGCUCAACAGAUCGACCAGCCACGCAGAGAACCGACAUCCUGAGUUCCGGGAAUUCGCAGCUGCGGUCAUCUUCCCGCGAUGUGCUAUCUCCGAAGAGUAUAACACUUCCUGCUCUUCAUCCCAACAUGGAGACAACACGACCUCGUGCAUCACACAAUUGGCACCGUGCCGCUCGUGGUGUGAGGAAGUCCUCCACAUGGCUGAUGACCCGGUGAAGAACCGAUCCCCUACCUGUGAUCUGUUUCCGUCACCACCACAUGCCUGUUGGAACCCUGAACCAGAGACGAAGAACAACGAGGUUUGCUACCAUGGUAAUGGCUUAAACUACCGCGGUACAUGGAGUAAAACUACAUCCGGGGCAGAUUGUGUGGAGUGGUCCGCUGCGCAGGCUGGUUUCUACCCGACCGAGUACCCCUGGGCUAACCUGAAGAACAACUACUGCCGCAACCCUACCGGGCAGGAGCGGCCAUUUUGUCUGGUGGAAGAUGGCAGCCAGGAGGAGUGUGACGUCAUUCCGUGCAACGUUGUCGGCUGUUGGGACUUGGGCCCUCCAAACUACGGAAAGAGAAUCCCCGUCAAAAGGUUCUACAACGUGGGAGAAAAGGUUUCGUACACCUGCGACGUGGGGUACUCCCUGGAGAACGGGUCUGACAGCGAAGUGAGGUGCAUUGAAGGCGGCAUCUGGCAAACUGACAAGCCCAGCUGUUCAGUGGAUAUCAGGAGUAAGCUGGAGGAGGAGCUGCUCAUUGUGUACAGUCCAAACCAGGCGCCGAAGACUGAGAACCAAACCCAGGCCGUCAUCAGCUUCAAUGGCUACGUGGAACAGAUCGUCGACUUGGACGAAAAACUAGAGCUGCUGGUUGCUGCUGUAGUCAUCGACUUCACCUGGCAGGAUAGCCGGCUGAAGUGGGAUCCAAAGUACUACAGGAGUCUCGACACCCUCAGCGUCUCGGCCAGCAGCAUCUGGACCCCUGCAUUUACUCUGAAGGCGAAUGGAGAUCCCGGUUACGCCGGACUGCCUAAGGAGGUACCGGUCCUGCUAAGCACCGAGGGUACGGUAACAUGGAGGGUGGAGACUCUGACCAGCACCAUCUGCGAUGCAAACCCGUUCCUCUUCCCUGCCGACACCAUGGAUUGUCACAUCUGUUUCUCUGUGUCCUCUGCAAUUAAGCACACCAUCGAAUGCGGAGAGGGCAGUACCUGUGAUGGCUGGUUUCCCCCACAACAGGAAGGCGAAUGGGAUCGGAGGGACAGGAUCUUCGCUGAAGGCAACAAGACGGCGUGCCUAGCUGUUCAUCUGGAGAGGAUCCCCAUGUUCCACAUCGCCACGACUGUUGCCCCCUGCGCCAUCCUUGUGGUGCUGAUGAUCAUCACCUUCAUCAUGCCCAUAGACAAGGGAGAUCGGAUCGCCUACGGAGUGACCAUCAUGCUCUCCGUGGUCGUCUCUCUCGUGUUUGUCACGGAGGUACUUCCUGUCAAGGGGGCUCUGCCAUUUUUCGCCACGCUGAUCGUCGCGUGCAUGGGGCUGAUGGGACUUUUCCUUUUCUUCACCUUGUACAUCAUCAGCCUCCACGACAAGGAGGGGAGUCUGUCUCCGAUGGCCAAGACGUUCUUUCUCCGCUACAUGGCAAAGUUCCUGCUGCUCGGAGACCUCACAGAGAAGGAGGCUGCGAGCGGAGAAGGAGAGAGUGGUCUGAACAACACAACGGUGGCCUGGGGUGAGCGGAACAACCGCGUCCUGCCCUUCGACUACCUGGCGGUUACCGACAUGGAGACCCCCGCUGACGUCUCCGAGACAACCCGCCAGCCGUCCGAACCUCCAACCCGCCUGGAGGCCGCCGUAACGUCCGGCUUCAGGGACGUGACCUCAUGUUUACGUGGCAUGAUCCGCAGCCUGGAGGAUCUGACCAAGGCGGUGAAUAACGAACCGGAGGUGUCCGAUUACAUCCUACUAGCCGCAGUCCUGGACAGGCUGUGCCUUGUCCUAUACGUCAUCAGCAUGGCCGCUACCGUGCCCCUGGCCAUGUAUCUGAGCAAGUAAAGAGGGAUACAGUAGAAGGCAGUUAAUUGCACAACGGAUAAACGCACACUUCUGUUAAUUGCACGGAUUUCCAAAAUCCCAAACCGGUGCGGUCCAGCUAGAUAACUGUAUUGCACCAGUCGGAUAAUUGCACGG